UAUUUAUUAAGGCAUUACUUUUUCUGUAGUCUCUCACUUUUUCUGCUAAUUCUUCGCUGAAGAAAGAAAAUGAAUUCCAAAGUUGAGCCUGAAUAUUGUAGAGCAAGUGAAUUAAAAGCUUUUGAUGAUACAAAAUCUGGUGUUAAAGGACUCGUCGAUGCCGGAAUUACCAAAAUCCCUCGAAUUUUCCAUCAACCUACGAAUGUUUUACAUAAUAUUUCUCAUGCUCCUAAUAAUACUAAUACAAAGUUCAAAUUUCCUAUCAUUGAUUUUCAAGGUGUCGAAAAUAGUGCAGAUUUGCGCAAGGAGAUUAUCGAAAAGGUACGGAACGCGUCAGAAAAUUGGGGAUUUUUCCAAGUUGUUAAUCAUGGGAUUCCUAUCAAUGUUCUUGAGGAGAUGAAGAAUGGAGUUCAUCGAUUUCACGAGCAAGAUUCCGAGCUGAAAAAACGAUAUUACUCUCGCGAUUUAACUAAAAAGGUACUCUAUAACAGCAAUUUCGAUUUGUAUAGAGCACCAGCAGCUAAUUGGAGAGACACGUUGGCUGUACAAAUGGUUCCUAAUCCUCCAAAUACUGAAGAGAUUCCGGCAGCCUGCAGAGAUAUAUUGAUGGAGUACUCCAAGGAAAUAAUGAAAUUGGGAAAUUUAGUGUUUGAAUUAUUAUCAGAAGCUCUUGGUUUAAAACCUAACCACCUGAAAGAAAUGGAUUGUGAGAAAGGUAUUCUUGUUUUGAGCCAUUACUAUCCACCGUGUCCUCAGCCCGAAUUAACCAUCGGCACAAGCAAGCAUGCCGAUAAUGACUUCCUCACUCUGCUCCUCCAAGAUCAUAUCGGCGGUUUACAAGUUCUCCACCAAAAUCACUGGAUUGAUGUUCCUCCCGUGCCCGGUGCCAUAGUGGUUAACAAUGGAGAUCUUCUACAGCUCAUAUCAAAUGACAAGUUUAAAAGCAGUGAGCAUAGAGUGCUGGCCAACUGCGAAAAAGAAGCGAGAGUAUCGGUGGCGUGCUUCUUUACCACAGCUCUAUUGUCUGUAUCGAGACGUUACGGGCCUAUUAAAGAGUUAUUAUCGGAAAACAAUCCUCCUAAAUACAGAGAAACUACCGUCAAAGAAUUUGCUGACCACUUUAAUGCUAAAGGCCUUGAUGGAACUUCUGCUCUGCUUCAUUUCAAGCUCUGAAAACUAGCUAUCUCAUCAGCUUGUAUACUGGACUAGGCUUAUAAAAUUGGUAAUUUAUGUACAGAAUGAAGUUUGUUGAAAUGGUAUUUUACCUCAUGAAUUUGUAAGCAAGAUAUAGCAAACUUUUGGGAUGUGACCGAGUCACACGAGUUAACUUGAGCUAUUCGAAAUAAAUUUGAAGUACUUGAAAUUUAUUUGGUAUUAA